AUGGUUAUUUACAGAGGCAUGGGCACCUUACCAGUGGAUACACCACUGAAGAAAGUCUCAUUUCCCCAUCAACUAUUAACUGCCCACAGAUCCUCAGGCAGUAGCCGGACCUCAUGUAGUCCAGGCUUGCCUCAUACUCUCUAUGUAGUUGAGGGUAACCUACAAGACUACAAGGCUCACAUGAUAGCUAAAUUUGACAGAAGUGUGGAUCUACGCUAUGACAGCCCAGAGAUGAAAGUAUUGUCUGAUGCUUUUAAACUACAACGGGAAACCUUCAGGCCUCACACCAUUAUCCUACAUGGACGACCAGGAGUUGGGAAGUCAGCUUUGGCCAGGAGUAUUGUUCUGGGAUGGGCACAUGGUAAACUUUACCAAGACAUGUCCUAUGUCUUCCUCUUCUCUAGUAGAGAAAGAAAGUGGACAGAGAAGGGCAGUUUGGCACAGCUGAUUGCCAAGGGGUGGCCAGACUCCUGGGCUCCAGUGACAAAGAUUAUGUCCCACCCAGAAAGACUCCUGUUUGUCAUAGAUGGUUUGGAUGAUGUGCACACUGUCCUCCAACUUGACAAUAUGACACCCUGCAGAGACUGGAAGGAUGAACAGCCCAUAUACAUCCUAAUGUACAGCCUCUUGACGAAGGCCCUCCUACCCCAGUCCUUUCUCAUCAUUACCAGCAGAAACACUGGCUUAGAAAAGCUCAAGUCGAUGGCGGUGUCCCCCCUCUAUAUACUGGUUGAAGGACUAACUGCAUCAAGGAGAUCUCAGCUGAUCCUCGAGAACAUCUCCGAUGACUCUCAGAGAAUGCAAGUCUUCCAUUCAGUGAUAGAGAAUCACCAGCUAUUUGACCAAUGCCAGGCACCCUCUGUGUGCUCACUGGUCUGUGAAGCUCUACAGCUGCAGAAGGAGCUGGGAAACAGAUGCACUCUACCUUGCCAAACUCUCACUGGUUUGUAUGCCCCACUAGUGUUCCAUAAGCUCACCUUGAGAAGGCCUUCCCAGGGUGCACUCAGUCAGGAAGAGCAAAUUACCCUCGUGGGUUUGUGCAGGAUGGCCGCUGAGGGAGUGUGGACCAUGAGGUCAGUGUUCUAUGAUGAUGACCUGAAGACCUACAGCCUAAAGGAGUCUGAGAUCUCGGCCCUCUUUCACAUGAACAUCCUUCUCCAGGAUGGCCACAGCAGUGAGAAGUGUUAUAUUUUCUUCCACAUCAGCCUGCAGGAUUUCUUUGCUGCCCUAUAUUAUGUUUUAGAAAGGCUGGGGAAAUGGAAUCAGCAUUUUUCUUUUAUUAAAAUCCAAAUGAGCAUCACGGAGGUGAUGAGAUCCGAUAUUACUCGCCUCCUAGGGAUGAGACGUUUCUUAUUUGGCCUCAUGAACAAGGAUAUAUUGAAGACUCUCGAGGUUCUGUUUGAAUGUCCCGUAACCCCAACCAUUAAGCAGAAGCUGGGGCACUGGAUCUCUCUGAUAGGUCAGCAGGUCAAAGACACCAGCCCAGUGGACAUGCUGGAUGCCUUCUACUCUCUCUUUGAGUCUCAGGAUGAAGAGUUUGUUCACAUGGCUCUCAAUGGCUUUCAAAAAGUAUGGCUUCUGGUUAACCAGAAGAUGGACUUGAUUGUAUCUUCCUACUGUCUCCAGCACUGUCAUAACUUGAAGGCAAUCCGGGUGGAUAUCAGAGACCUCUUAUCAUUGGAUAAUACUCUUGAGCUGUGCCCUGUUGUUUCUCUCUCGGAACACAGGACUCAGAGUAAGCCCCUCCUCAUAGAGUGGUGGGGAAACUUCUGCUCUGUGCUGAGCACCCACCCUAGGUUGAAGGAGCUGGACUUUGGCGACAGCGUCUUGGGCAGACGGGCCAUGAAUGUACUCUGCCUCAAGCUGAGGAAUCCUUCCUGCAGUAUAGAGAAGCUGACGUUUAAGAGUACAGAGAUCGUGUCUGGCCUGAAAUAUCUAUGGAAGCUCCUUGUUAGCAAUAAGAACUUAAAGUACCUCAAUCUGGGGAACACUCCCAUGAGGGAUGAUACCAUGAAGUCAGCCUGUAACGCGCUGAAACACCCAAGAUGCUCCCUGGAGACUCUGAGGUUGGAUUCCUGUGAGUUAACCCUCACUGGUCUUAAGACAAUCUCCACACUCCUCCUUUCAACCACCAGGCUAAAGUGUCUUAGCCUGGCCAAAAAUAAGGUGGGAGUACAGAGUAUGACGACCCUUGGGAUUGCCUUGAGUAGCUCAACGUGUCCACUGCAGAAGCUGAUCCUGGACAGCUGUGACCUCACACCUCUCAGCUACUACAUCCUGGCCUCCGCCCUUUUUAGCAACCAGAACUUGACUCACCUGUGCCUGUCAAACAACAGCCUGGGGACUGACGAAGUACAACAGCUGUGUCGGUGCAUGAGGCGUCCAGAAUGUGCUCUCCAGCGGCUGAUACUCAAUCACUGCAACAUUGCAUCUGACGCCUGCAGCUUCCUGGCACUGAUGCUUACAAACAACAGAAAGCUGACACACCUGAGCCUGACCAUGAACCCCAUAGGAAACAGUGCAAUGAAGCUGCUGUGUGAAGCUUUAAAGGAGCCCACUUGUUCCCUUCAAGAACUGGAAUUAGUGGACUGCCAGCUCACGGAGAACUGCUGCGAGGACCUGGCCUGUCUGAUCACAACAACCAAGCACUUAAAAAGCUUGGAUCUUGGAAACAAUGCUCUGGGUGACCAAGGAGUCAUAACCCUAUGCAAGGGACUGAAGCAAAGUAGCAGCUCCCUGAGGAGACUUGGGUUGGGAGGAUGUGAUCUGACUUCCAACUGCUGUGAGGCAUUGUCAUCAGCCCUCUCUUGCAACACGCACCUGAACAGCCUAAACCUGGUGAAGAAUGACUUUAGUACAUCGGGGAUGUUGAAGCUGUGCUCUGCAUUCCAUCAUCCUGACUCUAACCUGUGGAUUAUUGGCCUGUGGAAGCAGCAGUACUAUGUCCAGGUGAGAAAACAGCUGGAGGAGCUGCAGUUUAUGAAGCCCCAUGUGGUGAUUGAUGGUGACUGGUAUGCUAUUGAUGAAGAUGACCGUAACUGGUGGAAAAACUGAAGGCAUGAAUCCCCUCUUCUUC